AUGACGACGUUUUCCUCCAUGGUUUCUCUUCUUCUUAUUCUUCUCUCUCUUUCGUCGGCAGUUUUCUCUGAUGCCGCGUCUUUCACGAAACUUCCGGUGCCGAAAAGUAGGUCAGGACCUGAAGCGUUUGCCUUUGAUUCUACCGGGAAAGGAUUCUAUACCGGAGUCUCCGGCGGUAAAAUCCUCAAGUACCUUCCUCAGACUGGUUAUGUCGACUUUGCCCAGAUUACAAAUUCCUCGAGCUCUUCAUGGUGCGAAGGAGUAACUGGAACGGCUCUAGCGGGAAGAUGCGGUCGACCGGCAGGGAUAGCAUUCAAUGGGAAAACAGGUGAUCUUUACGUCGCCGAUGCUCCAUUGGGUCUUCACGUUGUUUCUCCCGCCGGUGGUUUGGCCGUAAAGAUCGCCGACAGUGUUAACGGAAAGCCCUUCAAGUUUCUGGAUGGUCUUGACGUUGAUCCCACUACUGGUGUCGUCUACUUCACUUCCUUCAGCUCACGCUUCUCCCCAAUCCAAGUGUUGAUUGCAUUGGGAUUAAAGGACGCGACAGGAAAACUCUACAAGUACGACCCAUCAACCAAAGUCGUGACUGUAUUGAUGGAAGGUCUAAGUGGCUCAGCCGGGUGUGCCGUGAGCUCAGAUGGUUCGUUCGUGUUGGUUAGUCAGUUCACAAAAAGUAACAUCAAGAGGUAUUGGAUCAAGGGACCUAAAGCUGGUACGUCCGAAGACUUCACAAACUUGGUAUCGAACCCUGACAAUAUUAAGAGGAUCGGUUCUACUGGAAACUUUUGGGUUGCUUCAGUUGUUAACAAGAUCAUCGUGCCUACGAACCCAUCAGCGGUCAAAGUCAACUCUAAUGGUGAAGUGCUUCAGACAAUUCCUCUAAAAGAACAGUUUGGGGACACUUUGCUUAGCGAAGUUAACGAGUUCGACGGUAGUCUUUAUAUCGGGACUCUCACUGGCCCUUUUGCUGGAAUUCUUAAGCUUUAA